AUGCCUGCUGAACCAUUCUGGCUUCGACGCUUUCUUGCCGCGCUCCUCCUCGUCGGGAGUCUGGUUCUACUUGCAAGCCUGUGGUCCAACGGGAUGCCUGGUACCGGAUGCAGGUGCUUACACGACGAGAGCCCGACCGCUCUACCUCAGGCCGAUGGCUCCGCACAGAAAAGGGUACCUCUGACGAUGGUGGUGGUGACGUGUGCGGACGGCUUGGAACUCACCAUGGCCAAUCUCAAGUCAGCUGUCGCAUUUUCGAGAGUUCCAUUGAGGCUGAUUUUGUACGCCGAUGUUGAGAACAUCAAGCGCCUUCAAGACAGGAUCAUGCAGUGGCCUGCGAGUGUCUUAAGCCGGAUUACCUACGAUCUGCGCUUGGUCAUGUUCCCGAAGAAAGACUUCGAAACGUGGAAGAAACUGUUCGUGCCCUGCUCUACGCAGCGACUCUUCCUCCCGGACAUGCUACCUAACGAGGAUGCGGUCUUGUACGUGGACGCUGACACCCUCUUUUUGAACCCUGUCGAGGAACUCUGGAGCGUCUUUGAGAUGAUGAACGAGAGACAUCUCAUGGCCCUAACUUACGAGGUUGAAGACGUGGGUACCAGCUGGUACCAUCAGUAUGGCAAGCACCCUUACCCUCCACCUUUCGGAGCGAACGCCGGCGUAAUGCCCAUGAACCUCACGCGCAUGCGCAGCUUUGACUGGGUGUCGCGCAUGGCGCCCUUGAUGGAAGAGUACGCUGGUCGGAUCCCGUGGGCUGACAAUGACUUGAUAAACAUCCUCUUCAGCGUCCACCCGGACAAGCUGCUCAUGUUGACGUGCAGGUGGGGCUACCGCCAGGACAACUGCAGGUUCCACGAGUCGUGCUCGGGAGAAGCGCCCGCCUUAUUGCACGGGAACCGGAAGUGCUUCAUCACCCCGGACAGGGCACCCGCCUUCUCUACCAUCCACCGGGUCAUGCGGAAGUACGAGCUCGGCACGAGCCUGGAGCGGAACUUCAUCGAUCCACUGGAACGCGAGCUGCGCCGAGUCCGGCAACACGAGUGCGUCGACGAGUUCCUGCUGCACUCCAAGCAGUGGCGGAUUCUGGCGCGACAGCUGGACAACGAACGAGGCUUGAAUGACGGCGCCAACGAUGCGACGGCAUCUUGA